UUCACAAGUCGAACGAUUUCAAAGGUUAUUGUGCCUUCAAAAUGGAUUCCAACUCUAACUUGCCUGUCGAAAAUCUAGUGAAUUCCCACCCAGUGGACCUGCCAUGUCUGGAUUAUGAUGCAUUGUGCCCUGUCUCUAACUACCUAUCAAGUCUGGAGUCAGGCAGGAAGUCAUUUCACCUUCCCAGUGGAGCAGAGGUAAAAGUAACUCAUGACAAUAUAGGAAAGCUCAGGCUGUUUGGGGAGGAUGAACCACCUCAUUACCUUCUUGCCCUCCAUUUACCAGGAGAUGAAACCCAAGUGGUUGCCAUAUACUUGCAUCACAAAUGGUGGCCCAUCAGUGACGUUUUGAAGACAUCCAGCAAAUCCAGAAAUGGUCUUGUAUUUGUGGAGUCAGUGAUGGAGAGAGUUAUACUGUUCCUGCUAAGUCAGAUUGUGUUUGGAAUGUUGGAAAGGUCUCAGGAAGAACACAUAUAUUUCUCAACUCAUCCUGUGUCAGAAUAUGGCAAAAUCUUCUGGCAAGAUGGAGAAGCAGUUGGCUUUUACACUGUUAAAAAGAAAGGAAGCCUGUGCAAUAGAUGCACUAGUCAGAGUUACCUUCUCCCUGUGCUGGACACUGUGUUUGUGCGCCGCCACUGGAGGAGGAAUGGCCUAGCCAUGCAGAUGCUCCAGGAUUUCUGCAAGUCCAUGCCCACAGAUAGGGUGCUGGGCAUUAGCUACCCCAUAUCUCCCAGUAUGUAUGGAGUAUGCAAGAAGUACCUAGAGACUCACCAGGAACAAAGGGAGCGACUCUACGAAGUGGAGGCUCCUGGGAAUUGGAGUCAGAGACGCAACGUGUGGUUGAGCAUACUAGUCCAGCACCAGCCAACACACAGUGAGCAUGCUCUAGUGAUGAUGAUGAGAGUCCACACAUCACACAAUCUACUGACAAACAGCUCACAUGCAAUAAAGGGAAGACGAGCAUGCCACGACUCACAGGCACUGAACCAAGCAUGUACCGGACAAGAUAUGUAGAGAAGCAACUAACUGACCGGGCUGGGACACCACAGAAGUGUAAAAAAGCCAAGAUAUCCUAGUAUAUUCUGUUUUACUGAAUGGGUCUAGAUGUGGAAGGCCUAUGAACAAGCUAUACUUUGUCACUGUUAUGCAUCAGUCUCAGGGAUGUGUAGUUGCAGUGCAAUAUAAAACUCUGAUUGCAGGAGUAAUGGAGUGUAUGAUGGAAUGGUGAUUUUCAAGGUCUUGAAAAUGCAUGGUGUGUUCCCUGUAAACAUGAAUAGCGCUCACAACUGUGUUAGUAUGAUACAGAAUUGACUGUUUAAACAGUGUCCAAAAAUCUAUAUUAAAAAUAGAAAAUAAAAAAAUGUAAAAAAAUAAAUAAAUAAAUACAUUUUAUUUAAAAACCCUUGAGCUGGUCAAUAAUACCUAUCUCUAGUGUUUUAAUAAAGAUCAACGCAGUGUUUGCUACUAUUAACUUUUGAGUAAAUCCUCUUUUUAUACUUAUUACUGUUAAUUUUAUUUCCCACUUACCUUAUGGAGCAUCCGAAAGGAAAAGACAGUAAUCAGAUACAGAAAUUUCAAGGUCAUUUGUCAAGAACAAAAACGUUCAAAUUCCAUUUCAAACAAAACUACACCAACUACAGCUGUAAUGGGAGUUGACAGAUGCAUAGCAUUACAAAAUACUGAAUAACAAUAACAUUUAAACUAAUCUGUAACCAUAUUAGUUGUCAGCUAGAGCUUAAUGUAUCUUCUCUCUUUUCUAACAUAAAGGUGUCAUGUGGAAAACUCUUAACCUAAGCCUAAGAAAGAAUUCAUGAGAAAACAUCUGACUUUUUUUUAUUUUAUGCUCUAUUUCUACAUCUGGAAGUGUUUUCCUUUUGAGAAAAACAAAUUAACUUUCAACUCACACGGUCUGUUUCCAAGUGUUCAGGACGUUGUGUAUAAUCUCCCUGGUGAAGCCGAUUCAAUGUUGUUAAAAAAAAAAAAAAAUGCAUUUUUAUCAAUCUAGAUUCAGACUUGGCAUUCAAAUCCCAGAUUUGUUCACCUGAAAACAAUAGAUAAUACUGUUUAUUCACCACAUAUAAAGCACAUAUUUGAGAUACUGUUUUUUCUUACUCACUUCCAAAAUGUAUGAGUGUUUUUAAUUUUGUGUUAUUUAAAAUAAAUGUAUUUAUUAUAAAA